AUGAAUAAUCACAUAGGGGGAAAAGCAAGUGCAGAAGUGAGCUCAGGAAGGAAUAAUACCGGUGACAGUGGGGUACAUGGACGUAGCUUCAACCCUUCCCACUCUUCUGUUCAACCCCGUGGUGAUAAAAUUAACGAUAAAUUUAAAUUCUCAGGAGAAGUGGGAAAAUCAAAUCUGUUAGUAGACACAAAUGAAAAUCAAAUCAACACCAGGAGCAGUGACAACAACAGCUGCAAAAAUUCAAAUAUGAAUAGGGAUACAAAUAGUAGUUCAGAAAAUGUGGGAAAUGCUAAUGGGAAUAAUUAUCAUAACAGAGCUCAUGUAGGAAGGAUAUACAGUGGUAGACCAUGUGAACAGAGUAAUCAGCAGUCUAAUAUCCCUAAUGGGGAUCCAGUUAACCACCUAAGGAGUCAUCCGAAUUUAGGUGAACCAAGGGAAAGGGCGGAGGAUAAUCCCCCCCAUGCACAGAAUAAUCAUUCAGGAAGUACCAAUGGGAAUCACCAAAUGAUGGACAGCAAUAAAAACUGUCCAGUCAAUGUUUUAUAUAAUUACACCACCCCUAGUGGACAACACAACAGAAAUAGCAUUACUAGUGACAUUCCCACAGAUGUAUACAUCGAUAGUCAGCCGAACGAGGGCGACGUGUACAGGACAAACCCAUGGCAGAGUAAACAAGGGAAUAGUACAAGUUCCCCUGCAAAUGAGAAUAACGCCGUUACCGUUUCGUGUAGUAAUGAUCAACAACGAAGUGCAUCCAGUGCAGCAGAAUCGGUGUACGUCCACCAUGUGGUUUCUAACAUAGCUAGCCACACUCCAAAUGACAACAUUAUGCAUGCGACGAAUAACUCCUUAAAUAACACAAGUGAUGUGCAACGAAAUGCUAUACAGGUUAAUUUGGUGAGAGGUGCUCCAAAUGAUAAAAAUAGUUUUGAUAGACUCAAUGAAAAGACGUAUCAAAUAUAUGGGAGCUUCCACGACGGCUCCCCCAAUGCAGCGUCUGCUGGUGCACAAUUCAACAGCUUGGGUAACCAGGCGGGUAGCGGCCACAUUAAUCAGGUGCAUCAGGACGUUCGCGGCGCAUGGGCAGGGGGGCCGCAAAGUAAUGGUACGUAUAAUAGUGCUGCGUAUAGCAACGUUGGACAGAGCAACGUUGGACAGAGCAACGCCCAGUAUAGUAAUACCCCAUACAGUAACCCUCCAAAUAGCAACCCUCCAUAUAAUAACCCUCCAAACAGCAACACUCCAUACAGUAACCCCCCAAACAGCAACACUCCAUAUAGUAAUCCUCCAAAUAGCAACCCUCCAUAUAGUAACCUUCCAUAUAGUAAUACCUCGUAUAGUAACCCCUCCUAUAGUAAUGCCCCCCCUAGUAGCGCGACGGACCAUCACAGUGUGUACCAAACAGCGUACCAGCAUCGCGCCGUCAACCAACCCAGCGGUAAUCUGCCCACCGCUAACCAGUCGAGUGCGCAGAACUUUCAUGGAGCACACGGAAGCAGCGUUGGAAACCCCUUUGCCAGUAGACCAUUCGGGAGUGCGUCAUACAGAGGAAAUGCCGCCACCACUGCUGACCCAAACGUGAUCGAAAAACGGGAGGAUCACCCAGGUGGGGUGACGAACAGACAGAAGUACGAACAGUCAGAUGAGGAAUCCGUGGAAAGUUCGAGUUCCGAAAAUUCAAGUGAAAACGAAAAUGAGGUAACAGAUAAAGGAGAAGAAAUAUACACGCUGCUAAAAAAAACGAUAAACCGUAUAGAUAUGAACAAAAUACCAAGACCUAUAAUAAAUUACCAAGAGAGAAAAAAAAAAAAAAAUUUAAAAGUAUUCGAAACCUGUAAGUAUAUCUCCCCCCCCUCCUAUUAUCAACCCUACAUAUCCAUUGACACGGGAAAAGCAGAUCCGAGAUUUUUGAAAAGCACGUUGUAUCAGAUUCCCUUAUUCUCAGAGACGUUAAAGUUAUCACAGAUUCCUUUUGGAAUUAUUGUAAAUCCUUUUGCAUGUCUAAACGAAGGAGAAAAAAUAGACAAAGUCGAUAUGAAGGAUAUCAUAAACGAUAAAGAGGAAAAUAUAGAAAUUCUGAGAUGCCCUAAAUGUCUAGGUUACUUGCAUGCAACUAUAUUGGAAGAUAUUUCUAGCACAGUACAGUGUGUUUUCUGCGACACGAAUUUUUUGGUUAAUGAAAAUGUACUAUUUGAUAUAUACCAGUAUAAUGAAAAGAUAGGACAUAAGGAAAGUAAUCAGAAUGAGUACGGGAAUUCUCUUUCUCCUUUGCUAAAGGGGAGUGUCGAUAUUAUGAUUCCCCCCAUUUAUUACCAUAAUGUAAAUAACUUUAAAUUGACGUACACCUACCUCAAUAAAAAUAUUAACCAAACGGCGUCCAUGAUUACGAAUAAGAUUAUGUCUCUAACGAAGCAUAUUUCUAGUUCGCUCGUUGCGAAUGAUUCAAGAGGGGGUAAUAAAGCGACUACAGCUAGUGCUUUUGGUGAUUCUGGGGAUGCAAACUUCCUUGCAGGUGGUGGCUAUACAAAUUAUGGAGGGGCAGGAGGCUAUAACACGUAUGAUAAUCAUGAUGUGGUUAACAACCGAGUGGGUACUAACACAACGAAUCAUCUCUAUGGAAAGGACCAGGAUGUGCAAAAUUUCGACAACGUGACGGACAAUACGAAUUUUACAAUACAUGAUAUGAAAAAUUUGUUAUGUGAAAAAAAUGGAGAACCGGAUAGUGCCAAAAUUAGAAGAAAUUCCUUCUUGGCGAAAUAUCCUCAGGUAAAAAAUAUGUUGCCUCCCUACUUUGUCUUCGUUGUGGAAUGCUCUUACAAUGCCAUUUAUAACAACAUAACGUACACGAUUUUGGAGGGUAUUAGGUACGCGGUGCAGAAUGUGAAGUGUCCGCAGACGAAAAUUGCCAUCAUUACGUUCAAUAGUUCGAUUUAUUUUUACCACUGCAAGAGGGGUAAAGAGGAAGGAGAUGGUAGCGGCAAGAGUGGUAACCACCAGGUGAUCGUGAUGAGCGACGUGGACGACCCAUUUCUGCCCCUGCCGCUGGAGGACCUUUUUUUCGGGUGCGUCGAAGAGAUAGACAAAAUUAACACCCUCAUAGAUACGAUAAAAUCGGUGAGCACGACGAUGCAGUCAUACGGAUCCUGCGGCAACAGCGCACUGAAAAUUGCCAUGGAAAUGUUGAAGGAGAGAAACGGGGUGGGUAGCAUAUGCAUGUUCUACACUACGACACCCAAUUGCGGAUUAGGCGCUAUUAAGGAGUUGAAGAAGGACUUGCAAGAGAACUUCAUGGAAGUAAAGCAGAAAAUAUUUUACGAUUCGCUACUGCUGGACUUAUACGCAUUCAACAUCAGUGUAGACAUUUUUAUUAUCUCGUCAAAUAAUGUACGUGUGUGUGUUCCUUCUCUACAAUAUGUUGCGCAAAACACCGGGGGAAAAAUAUUAUUUGUAGAGAAUUUCUUAUGGCAAAAGGAUUACAAGGAGAUCUACAUGAAUAUAAUGGACACGUUAACAUCUGAAGACAUUGGAUAUUGUUGUGAGUUGAAGUUAAGAUAUUCACAUCACAUGUCGGUGAAGAAGUUGUUCUGUUGUAACAACAAUUUUAAUUCUAUCAUCAGCGUCGACACGAUUAAGAUCCCCAAGAUUCGUCAUGACCAGACGUUUGCUUUUUUACUGAACUAUUCGGAUAUAUCAGAGAGCAAAAAACAAAUUUAUUUCCAGUGCGCUUGUAUGUAUACCAACGUGUGGGGGGAUCGCUUUGUUCGUCUUCACACAACCCACAUGAAUUUGACUUCAUCGCUAAGUACAGUCUUUAGGUACACCGACGCGGAGGCCUUGAUGAACAUCCUCAUUAAGCAGCUCUGCACCAACAUCCUCCACAAUGAUAAUUACUCCAAGAUCAUCAUCGAUAAUUUGGCGGCCAUUUUGUUUUCCUACCGAAUAAAUUGUGCCUCGUCCGCACAUUCAGGUCAGUUGAUCCUCCCGGAUACGCUAAAGCUGCUUCCGCUCUUUACCUCCUCUCUUCUAAAACACAAUGUCACGAAGAAGGAAAUCUUACAUGACCUCAAGGUGUACAGCUUGAUAAAGCUCCUGUCCAUGCCGAUCAUAUCUUCCUUGUUAUACGUGUACCCAGUAAUGUAUGUAAUUCACAUAAAGGGUAAAACGAACGAGAUAGAUUCCAUGGAUGUAGACGAUGAUCUGUUUAUUCCAAAAACGAUACCGUCCAGUGCGGAGAAGAUUUACUCGAAUGGGAUUUACCUGCUCGAUGCAUGUACCCACUUUUACCUUUACUUCGGGUUUCACUCUGACGCAAAUUUCGCCAAGGAGAUUGUUGGAGAUACCCCGACGGAGAAAAACGCGCAUGAACUGAAUCUGACGGAUACCCCCAGCGGACAAAAAGUGCAGCGUAUAAUUAAGAACCUGAGCAGGAUUCACCACUUCAACAAAUAUGUCCCCCUGGUGAUGGUUGCCCCCAAAUCGAACCUGGAGGAACACCUCAUAUCUUUGUGCGUUGAAGACAAAGCCGACAAGGAAUAUAGCUACGUGAACUUCUUAUGUUUUAUUCACAAAUUGGUUCACAAAAGGAUUGAUGAAUCGUAA